AUGGAACGUUCACACGCGCCAUUGAGGCGUGUGAUGAAAGGACCGCCGGCAAAAGUCGACCCAACACUACAAAAAACACAAGAAAAACAAGAAAAACGACAGCAACAACAACUAUUCCAACUACAACACCAACAAAAUGGGCAUGAUGAGGAGAAAAACGAAAAGAGAUUGAGCACUCGAUCGAUUGUCUCCGAGCAAGACUCUUGUUAUUCAUCGUGUUCCGAAGAGUCUCACGCGUCGUUGUCAAGAGAAAGCAGUGAUGCCCUGUCAACACAUUUGGGAACACUCUCACUUUCAGAUGGCGAAAGUGGUCGAGGCUCAGUGACACCUUGUGCUCUCCCAUCGGAGCUUCUCGAAUUCGCCGUUUCUCUCGGAUACACCGAACAACAAUUGCACAAAGCUUUGGCUGCCGUUGGACCGAAUGCGGGACAGGACAAUAUCCUCGCGGAACUUGUGCGCGGCGGGCAACCGACGUCUUCUUUGUGUUCAUCACGUGUCCCAUCACAAAUCUCAAUUCCCGCCGUUGUCUCAUCUCCAUCGACUUCAGCAAAUUCUCCGCAACUUCGCUCGAUUGUGAUCGACGGAAGCAAUAUCGCAAUGACUCAUGGCCGAAAAGAGGUUUUCUCGUGCAGUGGCAUCCGCGAUUGUGUCCACUUUUUCCUCCAACGAGGCCACAACGAUGUGCUGGUCUUCAUUCCGCAAUUUCGAAAAGAAGCGGCUAGGGCCGACUGUCCGAUCACUGAUCAGCACGUGUUGACAGAAUUGGACGCGCGAAAGCACAUCGUUUGGACACCGUCGAGGAGAAUCAACGGACGGCGAAUCGUUUGCCACGAUGAUCGUUACAUUCUCAAAACGGCUGAGGAAAAAGACGCAGUGAUUGUCUCAAAUGAUGAGUAUCGAGAUUUGGUUCGAGAGAAUCCACAGUAUCGAAAACUCGUCGAGAACCGCCUCCUCAUGUACUCAUUCGUUGACGGAAAGUUUAUGCCCCCGGAUGAUCCACUUGGAAGACACGGUCCAUCACUUUCCCAAUUCCUCUCGAAAGGCGUCCCGCACACCGCUCAGAUUUGCCCCUACGGACGAAAAUGUACUUAUGGGAAUAAGUGCCGAUAUUUUCACCCGGAACGCCCGAAUGGCAUUCACACGUCGGUGACCGAGCGUCUGAUGAGAGAGAAUUGUCGGGGUGGACAGAAACCGUCGCUUUCGACUAGACCUUCGAUGAUCUACGAGGGAUCUCCCCUGUCAGCCCUCACUGGAUCGAAUCAUCAAACCGUUGCGCGAACACAAUCCUUAAAUGUGAAUGUGGAGGGUCGAAUGGGUGAUUCGCCGAGAAGAGGAAUCCUUCAAUCGAUCAACCAUCACAUUCCCCCACAAGGCCCUUUCAUGAACGCUCCUCCACUUCCCGCUUGGCAUCAUCACAUUCAACAUCAAGCUUUGUCGAGGAACGCGUCGGCUCCGUUGGGUGAUCAAUUGAGGGCACAGGACUCCUCAAGCCCAACGUCUCGUUGCAAUUCCCUUCUCGAUAUGUCAUUGGGCCGAAUGUUCCCAUUCGUUCCCCCACCCCAACCACAGUCACAUCUCUUCUCUCCAUCACAACCAGGAAUCUGGGGACAUUCCGAGUUCUCCCUCACACCAAUUAACACAACGACGGAAUUGGUCGACCCGACGUACGACGAGUCGAGAGCCCGUCUACAGUAUCAUCUCUCACAGCUCUUCCCAUCAACAGCGGUAGCAGCCGUGAUGGCCGCUCAUCCAGACGAGAAAGAUCCGCAAAGAUUGUGUGAGAUCAUCAUCGCUUUCCACAAGGGAUUCAAUCAAGCUCUA